CGGCGCCAGCGGCUCAUCCACAAGACCACUCAAGGGCGCCUCCCAUUGUGAAUAUGCCUACAGGAAGAUAUUCCCUCGAGUAUAUAUACCUUGCAGGAACUUUAUCGCUCAACAGACCGCCACGAAUUUUCGUCGUCUACUCCGCUGUGCACUCAGCUCCAUCAUGGUUGUAAGCUCCGACGCCUUCGAGCCUAAGGGCCUCCUUAACUCGGACGACAACUACAUGCUCCAACAAGCCGACGUCGUCCAGCUACUCAAGUAUGUCUGGGGUGGCGUAUUGCUCCCCUCUACGGAAAGUGAAUAUCGGUCGCGGCUUCAAAUUUCGAACGACGUCUUCACCAAGCUCUCUGAUGUCAUCAAGCCGCUCGUCCAAGCGUACGCCGUGACGAAGGAGCACUGCAAGGUGUUCAAAGAUACGACAUACCCCGGCAUCAUCAACAUCGCUAGCGACGUAUACAAUUAUGCGCAGAACGCAGGCGGCUCUAGCCAGGACUCCUACUACGCGUACAUCUUCCAAUGUAUCAGGAAGCUCGACCACGUGACGUCCGAGGAAGAAAAGGCAAGGCUCAUAAAGACGAUCAACGAGCUCGUCGAUAUGCAAGUCAAGAAUAUCGACAAGAUCUGCACGAAAUCCCAGGCUGUGGUUGCAGAUCUCCGUACGUUCCACGAUAACACGAGGAAGGACCAGUCUAUCUUGCAGGAGCGCAGCACCGCUGUACACAACAAGCUCAAAGCCGAGGUCGGUUCCCUCGACGAUCUCGAGACCAAGUUGCAGAACUACCGCAUUGAGCUCAACAACGAUAUGGCUGAGUACGAGUACGAUAAGACAGUCGCAUGCACUACACCCGCGUAUGCCUGGCUUGGACUCAUCGGAAUGAUCUCUGCCGCCGCCGUUGCGGGAGUCUAUGGCGACAAGGCUGUGAAGAUGGCCGCUCGUAUCGACGAAGUCAGGAAGCUCAUUUCCGAUUACGAGCAAAAGUUCGAGGACGAGACCCGGGUGGUCGGUGAUCUUCGCGCCAUUGACAAACAUGUGGACAAUAUUCUAAGCCUCGUCGAGCCCGCUAUCCAGACCGUUGAGAAGAUGGUGGGGAUCUGGCAGGCCAUUGCCAACGACCUCAAGAACUUGAAGGAUAUGGUGGACACCGAUAUCCGUCAAGCCACUGCUCUCGUUGCGGAUAUCGUCGAAGCGAAGGUAUUGGAGAAGUGGAACGCCCUCAAGGAAAAAGUUGACAAGUACCGGCAGGCGGCAUACGUGUCGGAUGCCGAUAGCAUAUCGCUGGAUGACUUGUCUAAGCAGCUGCACGAGCAAGCUGGCAACUAGACGAUCGGAAUUCCUGCUGUUGUAGACGAUAGUAUUGUUGAAUCGUACGCUGGUGCUGUGAUGAAUAUUUUGACGCAAGA